AUGAAGCUCGUCCGCUUUUUGAUGAAAUGUGCCAAUGAGACGGUGACCAUUGAGCUCAAGAAUGGCACUAUUAUGCAUGGCACAAUUACUGCUGUGUCACCCCAGAUGAACACCUCCCUCCGCACCGUCAAGAUGACCCCCAAGGGUCGUGAUCCUAUCUCACUUGAGACUAUCAACAUCCGUGGCUCAACAAUUCGCUAUUACAUCCUUCCUGAUAGCUUGCCUCUCGAUACCCUACUCGUUGACGACGCACCCAAACCAAAGAACAAGGCCCGAAAGGAAACCGACCGUGGUCGUGGUGGCCGUGGAGGUCCCCGCGGAGGUGGCAGAGGCGGCGGCCGGGGUCGUGGUGGUGGUGGUGGCCGUGGCCGCGGGCGCGGUUUCUAA